AUGCCGCGCAUACGCAAAAGUCAGUUGACGACCAGGCGAGGGACAACGAACCAGCGUGAAAAGAUCAAGCACAAGGUCGCGGAGACUAAGAAGAAAAGGAAGAAAGCAGAGAAGAAGAACCAGCAAUGGAAAACGAGACAUCCUAAGGACCCCGGCAUCCCGAACAACUUUCCGUACAAGGACCAGAUCCUAGCGGAGGUCGCGCAGGAGCGCAGACGAGUAUGUCAUGCUGCCGCGCCAGAAGGGCACGAGCACAGCAGCGCCGCUCAAGAGCAAGCAGACGCCACCGACGACGACAUCCCCGUCCUGGCGAACCGGAACUGCCUGACCUGUGCUCGGUACUGCAGCGGUGGACGUGUCGUCCAGGUCUUGGAUGCCCGCGAUCCGUUGCGGUGUAGGAGCGCCUCUCUGGAGGAGGCGCCAAGGACAAGAACCGAGGAUGUAGAUGCGUGCCCUCGGGAAGCCGUACAAGAGUGGGCGACGUCUCUGCGCGCUCAACAUCCCACCGUCCUCUUCCGCUCCGCUUCCGUCUUCCUGCCCACCGCGGCUGAGCCAACUGGCAAAGGCAAAGACAAGGAACGGGCGGACGAUGCUUGGGGCGUCGACAGCGUCAUGCAGGUCCUGGGCAGUGGGCACAGGAGAAGGAGGAGACAGUGCCUCGUUGUCGCCGUAGUCGGACUGACCAACGCCGGAAAAAGCUCCUUCAUCAAUUGUUUCCUCCGCAAGGCAGCCCUGCCUACCUACAAACUGACCUCGUCGCCGCAGGAUGGCCCCACAACGACCGCUUACCCUCAAGAGACCUCCCUAGAGACGGAGGGCAAGCGUGUCCGCAUCAUCGACACACCCGGUCUCGCAUGGCAAACACCGAGCGAGCUUUCCGCAGACGAGCUCGAGCGCCUCCGUGCUCGAGACAUCCUGCAGCGCAACAGGGGCAAGGUAGAGCGGCUCAAGGACCCAGCACCAGUCGUUGCUGAGCUGGUCUCUCGCGCUGACAAGGAAGAUCUCAUGCUCUUCUACAACCUCCCUGCGUUCGCGGCUGGGGAUGCAAACGCGUUUUUGGCCGGCGUCGCUCGUGCGAACGGGCUAGUAAAGAAGGGCGGCGUCCUCGACCUCGCCGUCGCUUCCCGCAUUGUCCUCCGUGACUGGAGCACAGGCAAGUUCCCGCGCUACACGAGACCUCCGUCAGCCCCGUCCACCGUCCCCGCUCAGGAUGGGAGCUUUGCGGAUGUGUACGCGAAGAAUGACGAGAUCCUGUCUCGGCUGGACACAAGGAAGGAGAUGCGGAAGUCCCGGGGCACGGUCAGGAUGAGCCCCGGUGAAGUCGAGAGCAGGGAAGUCGCGCUGGAGAUACCUUACUUCGGCGUGGACCAGGAUGAGGACCAGGAUGAGGACGAUGAUAACGAUGAGGUGGACGAGCUGGAAGAAUCCGGCGAGGACGUGGAAGAUGAUGAGGAUGAAGAAAAUGCGUCGGACGAAGAUGCAGACGAUGAAGAGGAACCUGCACCCGCACCUGGCAAGCGGAAACGAGCCGGCCAGAAGUCUCCUCCCCGCGCUGUCAAGAAGGUCGCGUUUGCAGCAGAGCCCAAGGGUACCAAGCAAGCGCGGUCUGCAGCGGGUUCCAAGCCCUCCGUUGCUAAAACGAAGCAGGAUACUCGCGCGCAAGCAAAAGUUAAGCCUGCACCUAAGGCGAAGCCCGUUAAAACGCAGAAGACGCCCUCCGUCGCCGCAGCGAUGAAGAAAAUCGCCAACUCAUCCAAGAAGGCGAAGCAGCCGUCAGCAUCGAAGGAUGGCGAGGAGACAUACGACUUCAGCAAGUUCUUUUAA